AUGGAUGUAAAUGGGAACGGCGAGCUGAAGGCGCCGCUUUUGCAGCAUCCAAACGAUGUUGUCAUCAAUGUUUCGCCUGCUAAUCACAAGUUGAGCAAGAAAACAAGGACUCUAGUCUUCAAAGUGCUUGGUAUAACGUGCGCGUCCUGCGUGGCCUCCAUAGAAGCUGCUCUUGGAAAACUGGACGGCGUGCAGAGUGUAAUGGUGUCUGUGCUUCAAGGUCAGGCUGUUGUGAAGUAUGUGCCAGAAGUUGCCACUGCUAAAAUGAUUAAAGAAGCUGUGGAAGACACGGGGUUUGAAGUUGCGGAGUUUCCUGAGCAAGACAUUGCCAUGUGCAGGGUCAGAAUUAAAGGAAUGGCAUGCACAAGCUGCUCAGAGUCGGUAGAACGUGCCUUAUCAAUGGUGGAUGGAGUGAAAAAAGCCGUGGUUGGUUUAGCUCUUGGAGAAGCCAAAGUCCAUUUCGAUCCAAACAUCACCAGUACUGACCACAUUCUUAAAGCAGUAGAAGAAGAUGCUGGAUUUGGAGCUGAACUUAUAAGCACUGGCAAUGACUUGAGCAAAGUUCAUCUGAAGCUGGAAGGAAUCAAUUCUCCAGAUGAUUUUACUGCCAUUCAAGGCGCACUCGAGUCUUUGGAAGGCGUUAAUCACGUUGAAUUAGAUAUGGAGGAGCAUAAAGUGACCAUAAGUUAUGAACCAAAUAUUAUAGGUCCAAGAUCUUUAAUACAGUGCAUCAAGGAAGCUGGCAGUGGACCCAACUCUUAUCAAGCAACUCUUUACAAUCCACCAAGAGGAGGAGAGGCUGAGAGGCAGCACGAAAUUAGUGUUUAUCAGAAUCAAUUCAUGUGGAGUUAUCUAUUUUCAGUUCCUAUAUUUGUUUUCUCUAUGGUGCUUCCAAUGCUCCCUCCUUAUGGGAAUUGGCUGAACUACAAGGUUAUAAACAUGCUUGAUCUUGGGAUGCUUUUGAGAUGGAUCCUUUGCACGCCUGUGCAGUUUAUCAUCGGAAAAAGGUUUUAUGCAGGAUCAUAUCAUGCCCUGAGGCGAAAAUCUGCAAAUAUGGAUGUUCUGGUUGCCUUGGGCACUAAUGCUGCUUACUUCUAUUCUGUAUACAUCAUGUUAAAAGCAUUGACUUCAGAUUCUUUCGAGGGACAGGACUUUUUUGAAACUAGUUCUAUGUUAAUAUCUUUCAUUCUUUUGGGCAAAUACCUGGAGGUUUUGGCGAAGGGGAAGACAUCAGAUGCAUUAGCAAAGUUAUCAGAACUAGCACCUGAUACAGCCUGUCUUUUAACUCUAGAUGCUGAAGGAAAUGUCAUUUCUGAAACUGAAAUCGAUACACAACUCAUUGAAAAGAAUGACGUUCUAAAGAUUGUUCCUGGGACGAAGGUUCCGGUUGACGGAGUUGUUAUUGAUGGUCAAAGCCAUGUGAACGAGAGCAUGAUUACAGGAGAAGCUCUGCCUGUAGCUAAAAGACCUGGCGAUAAGGUGAUUGGUGGGACAAUGAAUGAGAAUGGGUGUAUACGUGUUAGGGCCACUCAUAUAGGUUCAGAAACAGCCUUAUCGCAGAUUGUUGAACUGGUUGAAGCUGCUCAGCUUGCCAAAGCACCUGUUCAGAAAUUGGCUGACCAAAUUUCUAAGUUCUUCGUACCAACAGUUGUCCUAGCUGCUUUUCUGACAUGGCUGGGGUGGUUUAUUCCUGGAGUAGCUGGGUUGUACCCUAAGGCCUGGAUACCCACGGCAAUGGAUGCAUUUGAGUUCGCCUUGCAGUUUGGUAUUUCUGUAUUGGUGGUGGCCUGCCCUUGUGCCCUUGGGUUAGCAACUCCAACUGCAGUAAUGGUUGCCACUGGGAAGGGUGCUUCUCUAGGUGUGCUGAUUAAAGGUGGAACUGCCCUUGAGAAAGCACAUAAGGCAAAUAGUGAGCACCCAAUAGCAAGAGCUGUGGUGGAGCACGCGAAAACAUUACUUCAGAAGCACGGGUCCCACCACGACCAAUUCACCGAGGUGACUGACUUCAAGGUCCAUCCUGGAGCUGGGGUGAGUGGCAAAAUUGGGGAAAGAGAAAUCCUGGUCGGAAACAAAAGACUCAUGCAGCUAUUUGACGUCCCGCUUGGCGGCGAGGUGGACAGAUACGUUUCAGAAAACGAGCGUCUGGCUCGUACAUGUGCGCUCGUUGCCAUCCAAGGAAGACCCGCUGGGGCUUUUGCAGUGACUGACCCUGUGAAGCCCGAAGCCGCUCUCGUCGUAUCUUACCUGCAUUCGAUGGGCGUCUCGAGUGUCAUGGUCACGGGUGAUAACUGGGCUACGGCCAAUGCAAUAGCUAAUCAGGCGGGCAUACACAAAGUUUUUGCCGAAACUGACCCACUCGGGAAAGCUGACAAGAUAAAAGAGUUGCAGUUGCAAGGAACGAGCGUGGCAAUGGUGGGAGAUGGGAUAAACGACUCGCCGGCACUGGUCGCCGCUGAUGUCGGCAUGGCAAUCGGGGCCGGCACUGACGUGGCCAUCGAGGCUGCUGACAUCGUCCUGAUGAAGAGCUGUCUAGAGGAUGUGGCGACUGCCAUAGACCUCUCGCGCAAGACAAUGUCCCGAAUACGAAUCAACUACGUGUGGGCUCUUGGGUACAAUGUGCUCGGGAUGCCAGUUGCUGCAGGGCUUCUCUACCCCUUCACGGGGAUCCGCCUGCCGCCGUGGCUCGCAGGAGCAUGCAUGGCGGCCUCAUCUAUAAGCGUGGUUUGCUCUUCGCUCCUGCUGCAGUAUUACAGGAAACCUUUGCGUGUUAGUGUUAGUGCUGUGUGA